UUAGGUGCUGGGCCAACGUACGUAUAAGCCUAGAGGAAGAGCAGUGCAGUGCGUGCAGUGAAAUGAAAUGGAUCCUGACAACGAGUGCAUAAUUUUUUAUGAGAAACGUUUUCAUUGGAAUCAGUGCAAACUAUUUAAAGGAUACUCCAUGCAUUUAUCAUGUAAGUCCAACUUUGGUAGCCAUCCAGCGAACGGACAUCUUCGACCGCGAAUGUCACUCAUAGGAAAGCCGCUGACCUACAAUCGCGGCACACGCCGUGACGCACGUUAUCGGCGCUUACAGAGUCGUGUGUAUAAUUUUUUGGAGCGACCACGUGGACUGCCUGCAGUUUUGUAUCACAUCAUGGUGUUUUUUAUGGUAUUCACUUGCUUAGCUUUAAGCGUCUUCUCAACGAUCGAAGAGUACGAGAAAGAUGCAAUUUAUAUACUAUUUCGUAUGGAAAUCAUAGUUGUAAUAUGGUUUUCAUUGGAAUUUUGCUUCAGACUGUGGUCAUCCGGCUGUCGUUCGCGUUAUCAAGGAUGUGUAGGACGGCUGAAAUUCGUAAAACGACCCUUUUGUAUUAUAGAUAUAAUAACAAUAGCCGCCUCGUCGGUGGUGUUGGGCAUGGGCACCUCUGGUCAGGUGUUCGCAACAAGUGCACUUCGGGGGCUGCGUUUCUUUCAAAUAUUGCGCAUGGUGCGCAUGGAUCGGCGUGGCGGCACAUGGAAGUUGCUGGGCAGCGUCGUUUACGCACAUAGACAGGAACUCAUAACGACUAUGUAUAUAGGUUUCUUAGGACUAAUAUUUGCAUCAUUCCUCGUUUAUUUAAUGGAAAAAGAUGUUAAUAAAAAAUUUAGUAAUUUCGCACAGGCGUUAUGGUGGGGAGUAAUCACUCUGUGUACGGUGGGCUAUGGUGAUAUGGUGCCUGAGACGUGGCAGGGCAAGUUAAUUGCGUCUUUUUGCGCGUUAUUAGGCAUUUCGUUCUUUGCGUUGCCAGCGGGCAUUCUUGGCAGCGGUUUCGCCUUGAAAGUGCAGCAACAGCAAAGGCAAAAGCAUAUGAUACGCCGACGGCAGCCAGCGGCGACGCUCAUACAGGCCGUUUGGCGUUGUUAUGCUGCGGACGAACAUUCAAUAUCGAUCGCCACCUGGAAAGUACAUGAAGUGCCUUUGCCAAGUCCGCCCACUUCUUCGGAAUAUUGGGAUAGAUUAUUUAAGAAUUUAAGUGAAUAUAGACGAGCUUCAUCUAGCUUUAAGCACAAUGCCUCCUUCGUAACACGUCUCCCAACAAUCAGACGGCAUCGUAGUCAAAAUAUGCCACCGCGCGAGUUGAAUACAAUUAUACCGCAGGGUCCGUCGAAGAUUACCAAGUAUACACGUACCAUGCGUGAGAUUAAUACGUCUGUGGAGAAUUUGGAAAUAAUGCAAAAUGGCAAAACUUUAGAUCCCUGUUUUAGUGAAGAUUCGGUGGUAGAAACAAGUGUUUUGAAAAAGAAUUCCGAUGCAAAUCUCAAACCCCGUCUAAAAGAUUGUCAACAAAGGUUCAGCUCUCUUUCUCUUGGAAGUUUUUGUAGGAAUACAGUGGACAACCAACAACAGCAACAACUGCAACAACAACAACAACAGUCGCAACAACAACAACAACAAAUACGGCAGCAGCAGAGUCAAACAACAAAGCAACAACAAACACCACAUAAACCACAUAAACCAUACGACAGAAAGCGUGCGCCACCAACACCACAAAAACAAAAUGCUUUCAGAACUCUCUGUUCAGCAGUGAUUAACAGUAAUAAUAUUAGUAAAAAUAAAAAUAAUAAUACCAUAUUGCCAAAUAACACUACCGUCGCAAUGAAAAAUGACUUACUCACGAAUAAUCAAAGCAAUAACAGUCCCGCAGAUAUGCCCAACGUACCGGUGAUUCUUUGUGGUUUCAUGCAGGGCGAUUUCUUCGGAUCGAACUUUUCACUGCCGCAAACAUCGAGUUGUGAUGAGACGCAUGAUCGGGAACUUUACAAUCGCACACAAUACCUCGAACCGCGUCUGUUGGCGAGCGUGCACGAUAAGCGAGGCAAUAGCGUGCGUGAGGGACGAUGUCGGUUUGGUGGCAUAACCAUUGAUGGCGGCGCCAACAGCCCAGGUGUCAGUGCCGGUGGUGGAUGUGGCCGCGGUGGUUGUAUAGAAAAUGAAGAUGAAGAGCCGCGAUGUACACAACUGACGAGUCAACAUAAGACGGCCAUACGAUUUAUCCGAAAGCUGAAAUAUUUUGUGGCUCGCCGCAAAUUCAAAGAAGCUCUCAAGCCAUACGACGUUAAGGAUGUGAUGGAACAAUACGCAGCCGGUCACGUAGACUUGCUGAGCCGAGUGAAAAAUGUGCACGCGCGACUUGAUCAAAUUCUGGGAAAGCAGGGAUCAAAAUCAAAAGAUGUUUACGCUUCUAAAAUUAGUCUAGCUUCGCGUGUAGUUAAAGUAGAGCGACAGGUCGCUGAUAUCGAAGAAAAAUUAGAUGUACUCAUUAAAGCUUACAUGGAGGAUCGUGAACGCCUCUUAGCACUUCCAAUGUCUACACAGCCUGUAGUUAAACAUUCCAAUAAUAAUAAUGACGAUCCCUCGAAACGGGGUGAUUGGGCGACGGGCAUUAGUAAAACUAAUAAUAACAAUAAUAAUAAUAGUAAUAGUAAUAAUACAAAUAGUACACAUGCGACAAUCAGUGCUAGAAGAGAUUUCUUUUCGGCGACGAAAAUCGGGGUCAGGGAUGAUAAUAAGGUUUCCGAUGCGCAUGCGUUUGCGCCAUCGUAUGAUUUAGCCUCGGUUAGUCCUUUUAAGCUGUAUAGUGAUAAUGCCAUAUCCGAAAUAGAGAAUCCGAAAAAACGUGUAACUCUAAGAUCCGCAUCCAAUCCUUGUGACAGAGGAGUUUACAAAGAAGAUAGUUUUGCUAUAACGAUACCUGGUCUAACCGAACCCUUAAGUAGUAGUUUAAAACCGAAUUUACGUAAGGAAAACUCAAUUAUACUCAUCGAUGAGGUGGAAGACUUUGAAGAAGAGGAUCUUAAUUGCGAAGGCGAGAUGGAUCAUUAUCCCUCAUGGGAGAUCGAUAGUGAUGCGGGUGCUAAUGUUGAUCUCGAUUGUGAAGCGGCUGCGGAGGAUACAGCACUACUGCAACAAAGAUCUCAUACAAAAAUUAUUAUUACUUCCGUUACGCCUGUAAGCUCAGCGAAUAAUCUCACAGAUUUGGAUAAUGAGUCUGCGGAUACACCUACAAAAUCGUCAUUGCUAUUCCCUCACUCUGGUUAAAUUGUAUUAUUAUUUAUUUAAUAAAUUUCUUUUUUCUUUAAAUAUUGUAUUAUAUUUCACAUUGAUUUUGUAUUCCAUUUGUGUUCAAAUUUAAGUGAAAAUAUUUUUUUUUAAUUAAAGAAAAAUAAAAAAAAA